AUGACCAAUCCUGAGCUUCAAGUCACACCGGCCGCGCCUCAAGCCCCCCAGAACACCCCGGACAAGACCAUCCAAGACCUCGUCGACCUCCUCGAUGCCGCCUACAAGACCUACAGAGAAUCCCUGCCCCGUCCCCGUACCCCGGGCCUGAUCCUACCUCUGACUCGCCAAACUCAGACCAACGCACCUCAGUAUCAUGCUCUGACUCCGGCCACUCAGAGCCAGACUCAGACCGCACCGGGAACUCAGUUCAGCCAGGCGCUCGUCAACAUCAACAUCAUGGAUGACCAGCCCGAUAUGGAGAUCUGGGACCAGUGGGUUGCGAGGGCUGUCUCGAACAACGAGAUCCGUCUCACUACCAUGUUUAAGCCGGCCUCGGCGGGCAGUCUGCUUCUUGUGGCGAUGCCGUAUGCCGUUUGGAUGAUGAUGCCUGAGGGUGAUGCGAAUUUUACUCUUAUUCAUUUGUUUUCGUGA